GGAUCCUCACAAGAAUCUUUUUCGAGGUGUUUUAUGUGACAAAAUUAGGGAAAGAGGAAAGAAACUUCCAAACCAAACGUGUCCCAGUUCUCGGAGAGGCAGCACUGGAAGCUUUCUGUCAGCAUUUUGUAGGAGACUCCUUGCAAAUUCCAGCAAGCGCCAGCCCGGUCUAAACCUUUUGAGAGAGGAGAGUCUUCACUUCUCUGCAUGUACAGCAGGUGUCCCUUUUCCGGAGUUGAGAUUCAUGAAGAAUGACGAGUACCCUCCUUAUCUCUUGAGAAGCUGAUCCUUUUCGGGGAUUGACUCUUCCAUGUCUGGUUACUGGAGGUGUCCAGGAGGAGCCUCUGUUAUGGGUUUUUUCCCUUUCUGCGGGGAGAGGGGAUGAACUCUUUGAUUUCUCAUGACGGGGAAACCUACUCUUCAUUUUUUGUAUUCGUGGAAAGGAGUUUUGCUUACAUGUUUACCAGCAUCUAGGACAAGAAAGAGAAAAGAAAUGAGCCGCCAGACUGCUACAGCCCUCCCUACUGGUACUUCCAAGUGUACACCAUCUCAGAGGGUGCCUGCAUUGACUGGCACAACAGCAUCGAACAAUGACUUGGCUAGUCUAUUUGAGUGUCCCGUCUGCUUUGAUUAUGUGUUACCCCCUAUUCUUCAGUGUCAGAGCGGCCAUCUUGUUUGUAGCAACUGUCGUCCAAAGCUUACAUGUUGUCCAACUUGCCGAGGCCCAUUGGGGUCCAUUCGCAACUUGGCUAUGGAGAAAGUGGCCAAUUCAGUACUCUUCCCUUGUAAAUAUGCCUCUUCUGGAUGUGAGAUAACUUUGCCACACACAGAAAAAGCAGACCAUGAAGAGCUGUGUGAGUUUAGGCCUUAUUCGUGUCCGUGUCCUGGUGCUUCGUGUAAAUGGCAAGGCUCUUUGGAUGCUGUAAUGCCACAUUUGAUGCAUCAGCAUAAGUCUAUUACAACACUACAGGGAGAAGAUAUAGUUUUUCUUGCUACAGACAUUAAUCUUCCUGGUGCUGUUGACUGGGUUAUGAUGCAGUCUUGUUUUGGCUUUCACUUCAUGUUAGUCUUAGAGAAACAGGAAAAAUAUGAUGGUCACCAGCAGUUCUUCGCAAUUGUACAGCUGAUAGGAACACGUAAACAAGCAGAAAAUUUUGCUUAUCGACUUGAGCUAAAUGGUCAUAGACGGCGAUUGACUUGGGAAGCUACUCCUCGUUCUAUUCAUGAGGGAAUUGCAACAGCUAUUAUGAAUAGUGACUGUCUAGUUUUUGACACCAGCAUUGCACAGCUUUUUGCAGAAAAUGGCAAUUUAGGCAUCAAUGUAACUAUUUCCAUGUGUUGAAAUGGCAAUCAAAUGUUUUCAGGCCAGUGUUUAAAACCUUUGCAUCAUUUAAUUUCACAGAAGAUAGGGUAACCAUCUUUGACUGCCAAAUAUAAACUCUUUUGGUAGGUGGAAGCUAGACAUAAUGAAGGUAAAUAAAAGGAAAGGCUGUUAUAUGCAGGAAGCAGUUGCAUGUAAUAACACUAAUAUAUUUAAAAAUAAGUCAACAGUAAACCACUGAAAAUAUAUAUACACCCAAAAUGGGCAUCUUUUGUAUUAAGAAAGUUGAUCCUACAAGAAAUGUUGUAAAAUAAUUCUAAACUUGUAUUUGUAGAUUGAUUGUACUGUUGAAGAGAAUACUGUUUUUUGUGUUUUUUUAUUUGACUGACAAGCCAUGUUGAGCAGUCUCUGACUGCUGCUUUUUUCCCCUUUGUAAGUCACUACAUAGUAUUGCUGCUGUUUGUGUAUAUUUUUUGUGUAUUUGCUAAUUUUUAUUAACUUCUAGUUUUUUCAUUAAAUUUGACUUUCUUUUCUGUAAUUCAGGUUUUCUCACUUUUUUGUACCUUUUAAAAGUUAAUUACAGGUGUCUUAUCUUUUUGAUAUGCAUCAUUGUUUAUGGUAAAGUAUAUACAUAUAUAUGUUUGAAUUUUUCUUUUCCCCCACAGUAAUCAGUUUGUUAGAAAUAUUGUUUUUAAUUCAGCUAUUGUGAAGAUCUGAACAGUAGAGAGGAGCAAUUAAUUAUAUUGGAAGAAUUGGCCAAGAGAUCUCCUAAAGCAGAUGUAGAUUAAAAAAAAUUCAUUCAUAUCCUUGGAUCAGUUUUGUUUGAGGGUUAGGGAAAAGUUUUGAUUUAAAAAUGUUAAAGAUCAGGCUUUUCUCCCUAUCCUUUGACCCCAGUUCCCACAGAAUUUAGAAAAAAAUUAGACAUUUUGUUCAAAAAUUGUUCUUGUAUUAGUUUUGGGGGGAAAAAGGCAUUGUCAUACAGUAUUUGUAACUAAAAACAAAUCAAUUGUUUAAAAGGCAGUCUGGGGGGAAAAAGAUGUUUUUGGUCUUUUAUAAUUGUCAUUAAAAAUAUCUGGCAAACUAAAAA